UUAGUCUCUUAUCUCAUAAAUCUCUGGUUUGUAAUUAUUUAAAGUUCUUUCUUUACAGCCCAAUAAGGGAAAGGAGAAAAAUAUCUGAAAACGUGUCAGGAAUUUUUGCUACAUUAAUAAUGUAAUGCAGAACAAACAGCAUUUAUAGCUAGAGACAGGAGACAUUUGAGAGAAACCAUCAUUGGGGCUUAUAAUUUCCUUCACACCCAUUAUUUUAUCCAUUGUUUCCAGUGCCAGCCACAGUAGGUAUUCAGUAACUAUUUAAUGAAAGAAUGAAUGUAGGCAAGAAAUGACCUGGUGCAUACUGGGAACUCUAAGUAGUUUGGCCCCUGCUUACGAGUAGAUGGCGAGGAAACAAGAUCCUUUCACUCUGGAGGCAUCUACAUUGGACGGAGAGUAGCUAAUGUGUGUGUGUAUUCAUGGAUGCAUGUGUUUACAUUGUGGCAACCCAAAAUGAUAAAUGGCUGUGGAUGAUAAGGACAUCUUGAGAGCUUCCCUUUGUAAGAAUCUUAAGAAGUCGUCCCAAGGUAGUAUCAUUUCUGAAAGCCACGUGGUCCCACACGUGCACUCAAAUUUCUGCUACCUUUAAGCUAUAAAUAGACUGGUACUGGGACUCAUCUCAGAGUAAGCAGCAACUGGAGGUUUUUACUGUAAGCCAGGGCUUUCUAGAAGGGAGUGGGAGGGACCUCAUUGAGCGGACAGAAAAAUGAAGGACCCUAAGACCCCACCCCUCUUAUUUGACCGCUCUCAGGCACGCCCAGCUCUCUCCGAGCGCUUGCCAUCCAAGAGACUGAGAUAGUAAGGAACGUCUGUUACGGCCUCCAGGCCGGCAGGGGGAGCCGCGUCGCAGGGUGAAGCAGAGAGCGCCCUGCCGGGCGCCGUCCUCACUGCGCAGCCGCGGAGGGAGGCUCCACUUCUCCCAGCCUGGCGGCGAGCCGAGGGCGGGAUGCGGUGGCGGGGGCGUGGGCCCACAAAACCAUGAGCGCGGCAGGUUCCGGCCCUCGCCGGCGGGCGCGAGUUUCCCGCCUGGCGUCCUUCAGCGCGACCCAUCGGCUCCACAGCAAAUCUCUGAGUAAUGAAGAAAACUUGAGACUGUUCGGGAAAUGCAACAACCCAAAUGGCCAUGGGCACAAUUAUAAAGUUGUGGUGACAGUACAUGGAGAGAUUGAUCCUGUUACAGGAAUGGUUAUGAAUUUGACUGACCUCAAAGAGUACAUGGAGGAGGCAAUUAUGAAACCCCUUGAUCAUAAGAAUCUGGAUCUGGAUGUGCCGUAUUUUGCAGAUGUUGUAAGCACGACAGAAAAUGUAGCUGUAUAUAUCUGGGAAAACCUCCAGAAAUUUCUUCCUGUGGGAGUUCUUUAUAAAGUAAAAGUGUAUGAAACUGACAAUAAUAUUGUAGUCUAUAAAGGAGAAUAACUCUUAGAGGUUAAUACUGUAGAAUGAUUUAAUUUCUUUCUGUAUUUGAAGAUCUUUAUCCCCUUGGACAAUUAAGAAGUCAUCACAUAAUUGUUGCAUCUCCAUAUUGUGUUCUGGAGCACUUGAUUUAUUGGAAUCAUUGUAAGACCUGUAAACGCAAAUCUGUUUUAAAACCAAAUUUGUAAUGUAUUCUGAGUAUCAUUAAAAGAGUCUUUCAUCGAUAGAUUAAAAUCAUUUCAGCAAAAUGUUUUGGUGUAGAAUUAUUUGAAAGCAAAAGAAACCUGUUUUUGUUUUU